AUGGAGACGUUGCCGGGGAAUCGGUUUUCCAAGAAAUCAUCACCGCUUUUGUUUGAUUCAGAGAUAGAAAAGACUGCUCGACAGAAUCGCGUUCUUCUACGUUCAGCAGUGAAAGCUAAAGCUCAGUCGUCAACAGUUGCUCAAGACCUUGAACAAGCAGCUAACGAGUUGAUACAGUUUGUGGAUGGUGUCCCACAAGUCGUUCAAGGGGCACCCAUUCAAGGCGUUGAAGGUCACUGUCGACCAGUUGUAGUACCGAACUCGUCAGCUAUAGUUACACCAGUGGGAAAUAAUAACCGACCUUUUGAGGUAAGGCCUCAAUACUUAAGCCAUUUGCCCGAGUUUCAUGGAAAAAGGACCGAAGAACCAUACUUGCACAUUGCAAGUUUUGAUUCAAUUUGCCAAACAAUUGGGGUUUCGGGGUUUACAAAGGAUGAAGUUAAGUUGAUGUUGUUUCAGUUCACCUUGAAAGACAAAGCUCGACAAUGGUUCGCGACAUUACCUCCAGGUAGUAUAUACACUUGGCAAGAGAUGCAGCUGGUGUUUUUGGAGGAAUACUACACCAUGAAUAGAACCAGUGAAGCUCGGGAUGCAAUCAGAGCAUUCCAGCAACAUUCAGGGGAAGCGUUCCAUGAGGCGUUCACAAGGUUUAAGGAGUUGCUUAGUAAAUGCCCCCAUCAUAGCAUUCAGACAUGGGAAUUGAUUAAAGCGUUCUACGAUGGGCUACUUCCUGAUGAUGUAAGAGAUCUCAUAGCCAUCAGCAAUGGUACGUUUCUCACAAAUACAGAAGCUGCGGAUUGGGCAUAUUUGGAGAGACAGAGUGCUACUUCUAAGAGACAGGCACAGUCUAGCAGGAGAGCAAGAUCAGCAUCAGCGAGAUCAGUUGAUUAUGAAGCUGAAGAACGGGUUGAGAAAUUAAAACAACUGAAUUUGCUAUUAGAGCGACAGGUAGCUCAGAUGAAGUUGGGAAAGGGAACUGAAGUUAGGGCAGCUAAUGCAUUCGCCGUAUGUACAGAUUGUGGUGAGUUAGGACACCAGGUUGGAGAGUGUCUCGCAAGGAUGGGUCCGAAUGAAGAAGUGAACCAAGUAUUCGGUGAACGAAAGCAGUAUGAUAUGAAAUCGAAUACAUAUCAUCCAGGUUUGCGAAACCACCCCAAUUUUAAUUACGGUAAUUUUGCUAAUCAAAUGAACCCUAAUUUUCAGGUACCUAUGCAAGGAGGCCAGCAGUAUCAGAGUCGUCAAGGUAAUUACUCGCAAGGUAAUUACCAAAAUCAGGGCCCAUAUAAUCCGGGUAUUCAGCAAGGGAACUCCUCAAGUGCUAGUGGUGGAACGAGUGAUGACAAAUUGGAUGCUAUUAUGAAGUUCAUGAAGGACGUCCAGAAAGAGAAUGAAGUUCGGGACAAAACGUCUGAAGCAAUGCAGAAGCAAUUGGGGCAGCUAGCAGAAGAUCUAGCUCAGCUGAGAAGAGAUCCAGGUAAGUUGCCAAGCACUACCACAGUCAACCCAGCACAUCAGUCAUCUAGCUUGAAAAAUGUAAGAAAUGUGCACAUCAACGCGGUAAGUAUUAUUCAGAAUUCUGAAACUGGUAGUGUCACAACUACUCCACCAUCACAAUUAGUUGAGGAGGUGGUGGAAGAUGUUGGUGAUGUAUCGGACUCUCAACAUGAUCGGGACCCACCAAGGGAUGAAAGGUGGGAAAGUUUUAUACAAGCUAAAAUUAAUCUACCCUUACUCGAUGCGAUUAAAGAGAGUCCCGAUCAGAUUGAGUGCCUGAAAGAGUUAAGUACCCAAAAACGACUUCACAAGUUUCCUAAAAAACUUGAUUUAACUGCAAAUGUGAAUGCCGUUUUGUUGGGUACCCUUCCCCCGAAACUCCAAGAUCCAGGAGCACCCAUUAUUUCAGUACAAGUGGGUGAAUUUAAAAUAGAAAGGGCACUUUUGGAUCUUGGAGCGUGUGUUAGCAUUCUACCAGGGAGUCUGUAUGACCAAUAUGAUUUUGGUCCGCUACAAAAAGUCAACACCAUUGUGGUGUUGGCUGAUCAGACUCCCAUGUGUCCGAGGGGGAUUAUAAAAGAUGUAAUUGUGAAGGUAGAAGAGUGUUACUAUCCAGUUGACUUCUUAGUGCUUGAUUGUGCCACAAGUUCAAAGAACACGCACCCUCCAGUCAUUCUGGGCAGACCGUUCUUAGCGACUGCUCAUGCGAUUAUCAGUUGUGUUGAUGGAACGGUAAGUAUGAAGUUUGGUGACCGUGAAUUACGGUUAAAUGUGUUUUCAGAUGCGACUAAUCCUCCCAUUUCAGGUGAACACUCAAAAUUUGAAAAUGGUGAUGAAAAUGUCUCUCCUGCAAAGGAGAUUCAAACCAAACAGGAGUGUUUAUUGGUUGACAGGUUUGAAGUGGCAGGAAGCGAAGCAGUAAAGAAAAAGGAAAGUGUGGCGUAUGAGGAGUUUAAAACGGACAAAGGGAAGCCACGAGAGAGGAAGAAGGAAAAGAAACCGCCUGAAUGUGAUAAUGCAAAGCGGAGGUUAAAGUUAUUCGGUCCAAUGUGGAAGACAGUGGACGACUUACCAGAGCAUUGGCGGAGUACAUACGUAGAGGCCACGGGACGCAAACAUCCCACUCGACCACCAUAA